AAAUAAAUCAACCUUCAGAAAACAAAAACAGACAUCUCUCGCAUGAUAGUCUGAGAUUUGUUCAAGCAGUUUCAACAAACUUUCCUAAAGUUAACCAUGAUGCGAUUGGCAGCGGUGUUAAUACUUGUACUUGUGGCGGUAGAGGCGAGACCCAACAGAACCCCAAAGGAAUAUAAGAAGUCGGGCGAAUGGAAAGCACUUCUGAGACCAGUGUCGGAGAGUGAUUCUCUAGUCAAAAAAGAAUGGGAAGAUAUUCAGCCCAAGAAGACAUACGACAAGGUUUAUGAUCCAUGUGACGAUUUGAAGUGUGGUAACGGUAAACUGUGCUUUGUUUUGGAAGACGAUACAGCCACGUGCAUGAGUAGACGCGCUAUAGAAAGGAGGUACAAACUACACGAGAAGAAGUACGAUGAGGAGUCUUGUCAACGAUGCCCAGAUACCGAGUCAUAUCACGUGUGUGGUACCGAUGGGAAAACCUACCACGAUGUCUGUCAUCUGGAAAGGAAAGCAUGCAAGACGGGAAAGAAAAUUGCCUGGAUGUGUGACGGUCCUUGUCCAUGCACACCACUUGACGAAGAAAUCCAACCUGGCUUUUACAAUGACUACGUCCAGGAACCUAAGAAACUGGUCAAAGAAACUCUAAUUCAGUCCGAUGAACUGCCAGCAGGAAAUGCGGUCGAUCUCCCUGAACUGGAACAAACUGCAUAUGACGUGGCAGAUGAGCAAGCUUGGGUGCCAAGUGAGUGCACUGAUUCGGAAUUGUCUGAACUUCCAAGACGGUUGAUGGAAUGGUUUAGAUUGUUACAAGCAGAAGAAGAGGACCUUUAUAAGAAACAUCCACACAAGGAGAUGCCCGUACCUGAUGUUGAGGUGCUCCCUAAAUGCAAAGAGUCAACUGCCUGGAUGUUUAACACACUUGACGUUGACAGAGAUCUUGUGCUGUCUUCCAAGGAAUACUACGACAUGUACAACGACGAGUACGAAGUAUGCAUGAGAACCUUCCUAGAUGAAUGCGAUCAAAACCGGGACUGGAAAAUCACUGGAGACGAAUGGUGUAACUGUUUCCAUGCUGAAGAAGCUGUGAGACCACCUUGCUUCCAGGCAAUGGACGACGUACCUACCAUGAUGGUAUUAGGGGAGAUCAGGCCUUUAGCAGGUGCUUUCGUUCCGACUUGUGACGAAAACGGUUACUAUUCAACGGCGCAAUGUCACGGCGGAACAGGAUUUUGCUGGUGUGUUGAUCAAUACGGAGUUGAAUACGAAAACACACGUGUGAGAGGAGAGCCCCCUUGUGGUGAGUGUUCGUGAUAAACAGACAGUAU